AUGGCAGGUACUAUCAGUGCUCGUCCUCGCCCGCUACCACAUGCUCGGACCUUCUAUACCACGGCUCUAGUUGUCACGCUCUUUGCUUGCUACAGCAUCGUCAAGCAUACCAUUCCCGCCGUUUCCGAACGCAAUGCGCGCCUUACAGCCAGAGCACUGCUCUCCCAAGACCUCGAAUGCCGACUUGUCAAUGGAGCUGACCGAAAAGCCCAGUGCGAUUUCGUUCGAGCCAAUUGCCCCGAUGAAGAAGCUGGCCUCGUCUCAUAUCUCCAGAUGUACUACUGCUCGCUUGGAAAAGCAAAACCUGUCGGGUUUGCGAUACUCGUGGUGUGGAUCAGUCUGCUUUUCAGCACGAUAGGAAUCGCUGCUUCGGAUUUUCUCUGCAUCAACUUAAGCACUAUCGCGACAUUGCUGGGCAUGAGCGAGAGUCUGACUGGCGUCACAUUUCUUGCCUUCGGUAAUGGCAGCCCCGACGUUUUCUCCACCUUUGCGGCCAUGAGCAAGAAUAGCGGCAGUCUGGCAGUUGGGGAGCUGAUAGGAGCCGCAAGCUUCAUCACAGCAGUCGUGUCAGGGGCAAUGGCCAUCACUAAGCCGUUCAAGGUGGCUAGAAAGAGUUUCAUCCGAGACGUCCUGUUCUUCGCCGUGGCUGCCAGUUUCAGUCUUGUCUUCCUCGCCGAUGGGAGUUUGCACGUGUGGGAGUGCGUCGCUAUGAUCGCUUUCUACGUCUUCUAUGUGGCAUUUGUGGUCGCGUGGCACUGGUACCUGACUCGCUCCAGGCGCAUCAAGCUGGCCGAGACUGCAGCACGCAUGCAACUACACAUCCCCGAACAGCAGGAGCUUGAAGCCCCAGCCAUCGAGGUAGAUGACGAGACAGUCCCUGCCAGCGAACGUUCACCUCUAAUCAGGGGUCGGUCUACAGAUUCCGUUUACAGUCUAGGUGGUCAGACUCCCUCAUGGAUACAGCCCGAAGACCAAGACGACGAAACCCGAGACCGGUAUCUUGCAGAGCUGCAGAGCAACAUGCGCCUGAAUCAACCACGGUCAGGAAGGCGGAACACCAUGACUCCGAUCAGACCAAGUCUGGUUGGAGCCCUCGAAUUUCGGUCCGUCCUGAGCUCCCUGGAAAGAAAGAGCACAGGCCAAUCCAUCAACCUUGCUCGGUAUUCGGAUGAUCCAUCUCCGCAACCAGGAUAUCAGUCACAGCAUCACCAUACGGCCUCACAUCCAGAUCUCAUUGUGCUCGACCCGCCACUUGAGUCGGCUCGGAAGGCCAGUGCUAGCGGCUCUGGUCGAAGCCGGGCUGUAUCCGCAAACGAUGCGGCUGGUCUCAAGCUCAACACUGACCUCCUAACUCCAAUCUCGGACAAUGAACAAGCGAUCUCCACCGCAAGCGUUUCACCGUUGCCAGAAGGACAGCAUGGUCGGAGUCAACGGCCCAUUGCCCAAUACUUGCAGCAUCUCAAUAUUCCAGGUCAGACGGCGCAGUCGCCAAGUCUACUUGUUUCCCCUUCGGAAAUGCAGUCUGGCGAGCAGGAAUUUACGUUCUCAGCUGAUCGCUUGGCCCCACCCGCAAAUACAUUCCACAGUCCACACUACGAUGAACCAUCACGACGAGAACAAGUCAGAAGUCCUGUGGUGUCUCCGCGGGAGGCAACUUCCACUCUUCAAGUACCGCUACUGCACAGUCCUCACCCCGAGAAUUAUCAUCAGCACUCGUCAAACCUGCCUCAUGUUAAUCCGGCCACCGACUCACCACGGAUACACUCGCGCUCUCGCAGUGUGUCAACAGCAUCUUCGAGAUCCGCAAGCGUUCGAAGCAUCCGGUUACCCGCCCCUAGCAUCUCCCCAGAAUCGACGCACGGCGUCAUCAUUAUAGAUGAUGGUGAAUCGGAACAGAUGCAGGUCUUCUCCUGGUGGCCCUACAGCCACCUUCCGCCUCCGCAAGUCAUUGCUGCUACUCUCUUCCCUACUCUGUAUGACUGGCGAAAGAAGAGCGUACUGGACAAAAUUCUAGGGAUCCUUACUGCUCCCUCAGUUUUGCUUUUGACGAUUACCUUGCCUAUCGUCGAGAGCGAAGACCAUGAGGAAGACGAGCCUGGUGCUGAAGCUAUCUCAGGUGCUCAAACUCCUGCAAAUGGGACUCAACGCCCAUCUCUCACAGUCGUUCCACCGGAUACACCCGCUAUCGCGCCACAGACUGGACCAGAGACGCCUCGCCCACAUCGGACACCCGAACAACAGACGUCCGAUCACCCUUCCAAGGGACCUCUCACAGACGCAGUCUCGCUCUCACCAACGCCCAAGGAUUGGAAUCGAUGGCUCGUUAUCAUACAAAUCUUCACCGCGCCCUUCUUCGUCGUCACCAUUACUUGGGCCAACAUGGAUGACUCGCAUAGCCUUCGCCUAUAUAUCAAGCUGUUCCUGGGCUCUCUUGUCUUCAGUCUCGCAAUCCUCUUCCUCCUUCUCCUUUUCACCUCACAUGAUCGCCCCCCAACAUCUCGUCCGUUGCUAUGCUUUCUUGGCUUUGCUGUUGCCAUUGGCUGGAUAUCCACAAUCGCCAACGAAGUUGUUGGUGUGCUGAAAGCCAUUGGCGUCAUUCUGGACAUUUCGGAUGCGAUUCUGGGUCUGACGAUCUUUGCUGUGGGCAACUCCCUUGGCGACUUGGUGGCCGACAUUACCGUCGCAAAGCUCGGUUAUCCCGUCAUGGCACUCAGUGCGUGCUUCGGUGGGCCAAUGCUCAAUAUUUUACUCGGCAUCGGUGUUUCGGGCACGUACCUGACAAUCCGAAAUGCGGAGCAUAAGCAGCAUAAACACCCUGGUCGGCCCAUCAAGUACAAGCCGUACGAGAUUGAGGUGAGCACUACGCUUAUGAUCAGUGGCGUGACGCUACUGGUGACGCUCGUUGGUCUGCUCCUGGUUGUGCCGCUGAACGGCUGGCGAAUGGACCGGAGGGUUGGAAUCGGCUUGAUAGCCUUGUGGACACUAAGCACUGUUGGCAAUGUUGUUAUCGAGCUAUUAGGCUACGGGGGAGAUUGGGAAUGA